AUGGUCCAGAAACUGGAAUUGCUGGUGCUUAGCGUCCUGCUAGCAGGCCCCUGUGUCACAAUUCUAUCUAAAUGCGUUGCGUCACCAUCUUUGUUUGCUGUACAUCCGGCCGCCAACGCGAUUGCCUUUCUACUCUGCUUUCCACUUGGUAUUUACACGAUGCUGGAGCGCAAGAUCGUGACAGAUUAUAAAACGCGAAUUCUUUUAUCCAAGGUACAUAUGGGGUCGCAAGUACUUGCGAUGAUUCUGUUAAGUACCGGUGGUGCGGCAGCUUUCUUGACUAAAAGUAUAAAUGGCAAAAACCAUUUUACGUCGACACACUCAUGGCUUGCAGUCGUGACAACCACAGUGACCGUACUGAACAUGCUGGGGGGCCUCGCUACUACCUUUGGCGGUACGAAGACGAGCUGGCAAUGGAAGAAUGUAGGUCAUCGUAUCGGGGGAAUGGUUGCAUUCUUGUGCGGAGGUGUUAGUGUCAUUCUAGGCGUGUACAGCGGUAGCUGGGGUAUCACGCAUCUGGGUGAUGCUGUCCAGCCAAAAGUAGCAAUUUCCGUAGCUGCUGCUUACUUGCUGCUAUUUUUUAAGCUCGUUUUUGGCAAUUUUGCAUCGGGCUUGGCCAAGAAAAGCAGUUAA